AUGACCGAUUCUCCUCCAUUCGAUACCACCUCACUAAUCUCCACCGGUGGCCAUGUUCAAGCGGUAGAUAGCUGGUCAGGAUUGACCGACCCCACAGAACGUCGCCGAAGGCAAAAUCGCAUCAACCAGAGAGCGUGCCGUAGGAGGAAGCGGCUGCAGUCAAAUAGAAAUAUCCUCCCUAUAAGUGAAGCGAAUUCGUCCGUUUUGGGUGUCCAAUUGCAAGACGCUGCCUCCCCGGACAGUGCUUUGAAAGACGACUUUUCUAGCAGCCCCGGACAUGUACAUGAUCUACUUGAGCAAUUCGUCAAGUCAGCAUAUCGGAGUUACUUACGAGGGGACCCCGCCGCUGAUCACCUUUUGACCCUAGUCAAGGUCAAUGUCUUCCGGGCAUUCAUGCAGAACAUGCAGUUAAUCGGACGGCCGGCGUACUGGAUUGGCCAUAAUGCCAUUUCGGCAUUUAGUGUCGCUCUGCCACAGGAGACAUCGUCGCAACAUGACAAUAGCCAUAUUCCACCCGACCUCCGACCCACCCGAGUUCAAAAAAGGAUAAUCCAUCAGCCUUGGUUGGAUUUGUUUCCCUCGCCUAAGAUGCGCGACAACCUUAUUGAAGCUGGGAAUACAUUGGAUGCCGAUGAACUCUUUCACGACAUUAUGGGGUUUUGGGGGUUCCCAGCGCUUGACGCUGAGCUAUGCGUGUGGGGGGGCUCCAUGGGAGGUGCGGAACUGGGAGGUUACGGAACCGUUUUUGAAGAAAUGGCAAUGGGUCGUUCGAGGUUGUCCUGA